ACCAAGCGAGGGCUGGCUUGACUACCGCUUUCGAAGUGGCGGCUCACUUGACCUCAGUAGCUUGACGCAGCGUGGACCGUGCGUCUCUGCGUCGCCAGUGGAGGAGGCGUUGGCGCAUCACACCACUGCCGCUCCUCCUGCUACUGCCGCCGCCGCCGUACUGCUGCUGCUGCUGCUGCUGCUACUCUCAAGCCCGGCCGUCCUGUACAGAGACGGCGGCUCACACCUGUCAGGCUGCAGGACAAGAAACCGCGUCGCUCCAGCAGAACCGACCAGCGGCAGUAAGGUGCACGUUUUAUUAAAAAACACAACCAGCAGCCCCAGGAUGAUCAAGAACGGUCACCACCACUGCCACCAAAUGAGCGGCGCUGCGGGCAAAAACGCAGGCACGACCCCCGCCGAUGCGGCGUGCAGCCCGGAGAAGAGGAGGCGAAGGAUCCGUGUGUGGUGCGACGGCUGCUACGACAUGGUGCAUUACGGCCACUCAAACCAGCUGCGACAGGCCAAAGCAAUGGGAGAUUACCUCAUCGUUGGAGUGCACACAGACAGUGAGAUUUCAAAGCACAAGGGUCCGCCAGUCUUCACUCAGGAAGAAAGGUACAAGAUGGUGCGGGCCAUAAAGUGGGUGGACGAAGUGGUGGAAGGGGCCCCGUACGUCACGACCCUCGGGACGCUCGACAAGUACAACUGCAACUUCUGUGUGCACGGAGAUGAUAUAACAUUAACUGUGGAUGGGAAAGACACCUAUGAGGAGGUGAAGAAGUCAGGACGCUAUAGGGAGUGUAAGAGGACGCAGGGAGUUUCCACCACAGACCUGGUUGGCAGGAUGCUGCUGAUGACCAAAGCACACCACAGCAACAUUGACAGCUCAGACUACCAGCAGCACACAGACAACUUUGGAAAGAAGGGCCACAGCCCAUGGACAGGAGUGUCUCAGUUCCUGCAGACUUCUCAGAAGAUAAUUCAGUUCGCUUCAGGCCAAGAGCCUCAACCCGGAGACACCAUCAUCUACGUCGCAGGAGCCUUUGACCUCUUCCACAUCGGCCAUGUGGACUUCCUGGAAGCAGUCCAUAAGCUCGCUGAGAAGCCGUACAUCAUAGUGGGGCUGCACUUUGACCAGGAGGUGAAUCGUUAUAAAGGGAAAAACUACCCCAUCAUGAAUGUCCACGAGAGAACGCUCAGCGUCCUGGCUUGCAGAUACGUAUCAGAAGUGGUGAUUGGUGCACCCUUUGCUGUCACAAAAGAUCUGCUGGAUCAUUUCAAGGUGGAUCUCGUUUGCCAUGGUAAGACAGCAAUCUACCCUGACAGGGACGGAUCUGACCCUUACGCUGAGCCAAGAAGAAGAAGCAUACUACGAACUGUGGACAGUGGCAACAGCCUUACUACAGAUGCUAUUGUGCAAAGGAUAAUAAAAAACAGGCUGCUAUUCGAGGCAAGGAACAAGAAGAAAGAAGCCAAAGAGAUCGCUGUGAUCCAGGCCAUGAAGCGACAAGAGGAGGAAAAGACUACAGGGAACGCCCAACCUCUGCUGUAGACAUGUACCACCAGCUGUGGUUUUGACCUAACAAUAAUAAGCUACAUUAAUAUAAACUCUUCUAUAGCAAAAUCAUGUCUUCAUAAGUGUUAUAGCACCCCCUGGAUAAUAUCAGCAGUCUUUACAGUAGACAGACAUCAAACCUGCUGUGGGGUCAUUAGGUGUUUGUGUGUGGUCAGAUAAAAAUAAGCCAGAACAAGGAACAUGUACUGUACAUUUAUCUUCAAAAGUCUAAUAUAUGCCUUUGGAUAUUUUAAACUGUUUUUUUUUUUUUUUGCCUUUUAACAAGGAAAAAAAAAGGUUAUUUUUGGCGUUUCGCACUUUAAGAGUGCAGGUAGGAGGUGUGGGUCAAACAUUUAUUUAUCUAAGAAGAAAACUCCACCGGGCCAUUGCUGCUUUUUGCACAGCAAUACUCCCAACCUUAACUAAUCAACAUGUGUAUAAAUUGUAUCAAAACAUGUAAGAAUUUUAAAUUAUAUCAGAACAAUAAAGGGACACAUACCCUUGUGUUUCUUGUGCCGUUAAUAUGCUUAAACAUUUUGGACCUUGCGUGUGCCACUCCGCACUGACUGCUCAGAAAUCAUCUGAACUGUUCUGUUUUUUUUUUGUUGUUUUUUUUUUAACAGACCUGUUGUUGUUUUUUAAUCACAGAUGCACACUGUUGAGACCUGACGGUCUUGCCUUUUGGGUGCAAGUUUUUAAACCAGUACCACUGCGAUUUAUGAAACCAUAGAACUGUCUGCUUUAACUUCGGUUUUCCUUGCAUGAGUGGAGAUUAACGAUAAGCUGUUGCCUUGAAGACAAAGUAGAUUUCAUACCUCCCCCUAAAUCCUGGGGAGUCUUAACACCUGUGGAUAUCAAACGGGGUCAAAUGAUAUAUGUUUUGUAGAAGUAUAUUUCACUCCGCUCCAUUAGCUGCUGUGAAGAUGGUAGCGUGAUGUUUUAAAAGCAUAAUUUGUCUUCUUGUCAAGCUGAAAUGUAGUUAUUGUAGCCUAUGAUCUGUAUGUUAUCGAUCACUCCCAAAGGACACACUGUAUAAUAUAGAAGUCGAUUGGAUUUACGGUAUAUUAUUGCUAAUAAAAAAAGACCUUCUGAAA